AUGAUGUCUCUGGCAGAUGUUCGUGAGGGUUUCAUAUGUCCACAGUGUCACCAAGAUAUGUCCACAAUGGAUAUGUUACAAGUACAUUUCCAGGAAGUACACUUGAAACAGCAAUCGACAACAGUGAAAGGAUUAUUAACAUUAGCUAAACAAAAAAUAAGUUCUGUGACAAACUCAGCAUUCCAAGAUAAUUUUCUUAGUGGGGGAAAUUCGAAUUCAUCCACACCCAGUGCUGGACUUUAUGCUCAAUAUCAAUCAGAGAGCGGUACACAACAAACGGGUUAUCAUCGUUCUCAUAUGGAUAAAUUUCGAAAAUUUCGUAAAGAAAAAUUAGAUAAAACUAGUAUUGAUAUGACACAAUUAUUGUUAAGAUUAGAACAAUUAACAAAUGACAGUGUACCUAAGGAUAAAAAGGAACGAAAAAAAUAUGAACAAGAUGUUGUCGAAUGGUUAGAUGAUACGAGUGUCAAAUUAUGUCCAUCAUGUGCAAAACAAUUUGGAAUAUCAAAACGGAAACAUCACUGUCGACUAUGUGGUUUUGUUAUGUGCAAUAAUUGCUCAGAAUUUUUACCAUUUUUAAAAGCAAGAUAUUUAAUUGAACCAAUAUCAAAAAAUAGUGUAACAACAGUAUCAGCCACAGUGUCAGAUGGAAAUGCAAUGUUUCGUCGUUCUAAUAGUUAUACGAGUUUAACGUCAACUUUAACAAUGGAUGACAGUAUAGGACCAUCUUCGACUGGAGAUGAUAGUUAUCUAAGAAUAUGUCUAGCUUGUCGUUAUACACUUCAAAAACGCCAUCAACAAAUUAAAUUUAUGCACAGUGAAAAAGAUGAAAUCAUUCAACUAUAUGAAAGGAUUACAGAUGUGAUGAAAGAACUUCGUCAAAUUCAUCCAACCUAUGUUUCAAUCGUUGAAUCUUUACUUAAUGGGGAAACAUCACAUCAAAUUAUUGAUGCACAACGACUUUAUAGACGUCUAAGUUCAUGUUUUGAAGUAAUCGAUUCAACAUCUAAACUUAUUUUCAGUUUAUCUGAUUCAUAUUCAGAUACUGAUGAUCAACAUUCCAUUGUUCGUCAUCAAACAAUUUGUCGAAAUAUUCGUUCAUUUUCUUUGCAAUUACUUCAGAACUAUGCCAUAUCAACGUUACGUGUACCAUCUGAUGAAGAUGUUCAAAAAAGUCGUCAAGAUCGAUUAAAAGCCAUUGAAGAAAAAAGUGAACUUGAACGUCAAGCUAAAACAGAUCUGUAUCAACGAACACAUGUAUCUACUCCACCAUCUCUGUCUAUGGCUUCAUACAGUGUUCUUAAUCGAAAAAGUGAAAUAGAAGUGAAUGGAAGACAAGUGGCUGGUUGGAAACCGACAAUCGAUCGAUCUCUAAUGGAAACAGCAAAUGAACUAGAGCCUCUCGUACAACAAAUUUAUCAAGUAACAGAAUUUCUAAGGCAAGCAAAAAUGGCUGGUAAAGACGAUGAAGUUCUCUUGUUAGAAAGUAAUUUGAAAGAGUUAGAACAAGCAAUGAAACUGACUAAACAUACAUCUUAA